UAUAUAUUUCACUAUUAACUUCUCUAUUUAACUCUACACCACACUGUUUUUUUUUUUCAAAUGGUUGCGUAAAGAAGAAGAGUAGUAUCUCUGUCUCAAUAAUAUUCACUUUUUCUUGAGAGAUUCAUCUUUUCUCUAUUCCCGCAAAUAGUUUGCUCUUUGUCUUACUGAGAAUGGGAAAGAAAGAGCAGAUCAACGAACACAAAGACAAAGAAAGAGUUCAAGCUGUUCUUCAACUGCUCAAAAAACAAGCUCCUCUCACUCUUAAACAGGAGAAGUUCUGUAACAGUGGUUGUGUGGAGAGGUUUUUGAAAGUGAAAGGUGAAAAUGUCAAGAAAGCUGCUAAGCAGUUGAGAAACUGUCUUGCCUGGAGAGACUCUUUAGGCACUGAUCAUCUUAUUGCUGAUGAAUUCUCUGCUGAGCUAGCAGAAGGGGCAGCUUAUGUUUCUGGUCAUGAUCAUGAAUCUAGGCCUGUUGUGAUUUUCCGGAUCAAGCAAGAUUACCAGAAAUACCACUCACAGAAACUGUUUACUCGGUUGUUGGUGUUUACACUGGAGGUGGCAAUUCAAACCAUGGCCAAAAGUGUUGAACAAUUUGUUGUUCUCUUUGAUGCCAGCUUUUUCAGGUCAGCAUCAGCUUUUAUGAACAUUUUAUUGGCUUCACUGAAAAUUAUUGCCGAUUAUUAUCCAGGACGACUCCACAAAGCUUUUGUCAUCGAUCCUCCUUCACUUUUCUCUUAUCUUUGGAAGGGUGUUAAGACAUUUGUUGAUCUAGCACCAUUAACAAUGGUGGUAUCAUCACUUGAUUUUGAGGAGUCAUUGGAAUUCAAUGACUUCACUGCUUAUCCAAGAGCUGCAUCUCUCAGAUUCAAUCCUUCCUCCAUACCAUCAUCUGGCAAGAUUGGAUCCUGCUCUUCUUCAAGAUUCUCCUUCACUGUGUCACACCAUUUUGAUUCUGUCAAGCCAUGGUAUUUGUCAUUAACUGACACGUCAUCAGCUAAAGUUGGCCCCACCACUACUCCAGUACUGGGCCCAGCCAUCUCACCCCUCAAUGCUAGGUCCUACUCAUUUGCAUCACCCAUUGCUAGGACUCCACGUGGCAACAACAUGAAAGGGUUCUUCCCUUCUACUCCUUUGCCACAAAAAACUCAAGUGUUGGAGCAGUCAGAAAUUCGGCAUCCUAGGGCUAUGAGGCCAUCAUUUUUUCAAUCUCCAGCCAUGUUCUUCAAGAAAGAUACUAAUAAUUGCCAUAUCAGUAGAGCUGAUAAGUGUCGUGAAUCAUUCCAGCCUUUUUUGAAGUUCUAUCGUAGGCCGUACGAUGAGAUGAUUUAUAGGUCAAAGAUGAGACCACCACUAGGUGGACUUAUAUCUAUCGUCUCUCCGCACAUCAGGCGUCGACACAUGUCUGUCUCUCAACGGUUUUGAUUGAAAUGCGCCACAUGCUCUACAAGGAACCGAGACUUUACCUUUUUUUGUUUUGAUUACUCUAAGUACAUAAAUAUGUUUGGUUAAUUACUAUGAUCAUUAACCAAGGAGUUUGCUAGCUCCUCAACAAAUAAUUUAUUAAUUGUUUAUCAAUUCUCCCUAUGUCCCGAAGAAAUUCAUUUUUAUUUUU